UCAGAGUUCAUUCUCCUAGGUCUCUUCAACCACACAGGAGCCCAUUUAUUUCUCUUUGUGAUGGUUCUGAUGAUGGCCUUCACCUCCCUCGUGGGCAAUGCCCUCAUGCUUCUCCUGAUUCUCCUGGACCCCCGGCUCCACAGGCCCAUGUACUUCCUCCUGAGCCUACUCUCCCUCAUGGACCUGAUGCUGGUGUGCACCAUCGUGCCCAAAAUGGCUGCUGACUACCUGACUGACAGGAGGCCCAUCUCCCCGGCUGGCUGUGGGCUGCAGAUCUUCUUCUUCCUCACUCUGGGAGGGGGUGAGUGCUUCCUCUUAGCAGCCAUGCCCUACGACCGCUACGUCGCUGUUUGCCACCCACUGAGAUACUCAGUCCUCAUGAGUAGGCAGUCAUGCCUGAGGAUGAUUUUGGGGUCUUGGUUCCUGGGGGUGGCUGAUGGGCUCAUGCAGGCUGCUGCCGUCCUGAGCUUCCCAUUUUGCGGUGCUUGUGAGAUUGACCAUUUCUUCUGCGAGGCCCCCAUGCUGGUGCGUUUGGCUUGUGCUGACACGUCUGUCUUUGAGGACGUCAUGUACAUGUGCUGUGUGCUGAUGCUCCUGGUCCCCCUUUUCCUCAUCCUGACUUCCUAUGGCCUCAUCCUCACUGCUGUUCUCCAGAUGCGUUCUAACGAAGCCCACAAGAAGGCUUGUGCCACCUGCUCCUCACAUCUGUCCGUGGUGGGACUCUUUUUUGGA